AUCUUUUAUUUCGUUUUUCUUUUUUAUUGCCGGUAACUAUUUUAGCCGGCUGCCACUCAGGAAAUUGGGGUUAUUCGUUAAGAUGACGCAGAGUAGUACACAGGUGACAAUAGUUUACUUGGGAAGUCGUCUCAAAAUUCGACAUUUUGUGGUGACAUUAUUUGACGCGCCCCCGAUACAUAUCUCAAAAACGAAGGGGAUGGUGUUCACGUGAGGAGAGUGCCUCGGUGGUUCCGAUAAGCCAAGCGCAUUGAAGACGAAACCGGAAAUGCGGUUAUGGUAGCCAACGCUGUAAAAAAAAAGGCCUAACAACUUGUUUUUCAGUACAUUCACAUACAGCAUUAGAGUUAGAAGCAUUAGAAGCACCCGUCUCCAGCAAGGUCGUUGAGAUAAUCUAUAACCAACUUUUCUGUAGGAGUUUCGAUGAACUGGAUAGGUUUAAAGUAUCGCUCUUAGAGCGAGAACAUACUAACCGGAUCGUAAUAGGCAGGCGUGUCUAGCUGUUGGUUUCCGUCACUUUGCAAAAUAUCGUAAGAAACGCUUUAAACUUUCGGUGUACCUGAAAUUUUUAAUUUCAACUAUUAGCAUGGAGGAAGCAGAGAUGUGUGUCUUGAUCUUGUCCGCUGCUAAACGAGCACGUUUGUCCGAUGGGACUGGAAAGCCACCUGGAGUACGUGUUGGCGGCAUCUAACGACGCGUUACGUAGAAACGGCAUAAGAGCUCUACCACAUUUAUCUACUAGGACUAGCUUAUAUUUUGCAGACGAUGAUCGCCGCUGCAGAUCCUGUUUACAAACAAAGUGUGCUCUAUAUACAGACAUGUUAGACGGCAGAGUUACUACUUUCGUAGUUCCUUAUUACCCCCUCAUAUAUUGCCCUUUUAGCCAAGGCCGGCCAUUUGAGUCAGUGAUAUUUAUAAUCAUGUCCAUGGUUACUACAACAACGUAUCCAGAGCGAUAUAUACUAUUCACCCGAUUUACACGGGCCCUCUAUAUACCAUCUUGACGAUUUUCAAUGCCUGCUUUCGAUUCAACAGUUCGACGCUGAAUAUCUAUGCGCGGGAAUUUUUCUAUGACACAGACAUGUAUCUGGUCUGAUUGACAAUAUUUCGUUUUAAGUAUUAUGCACAGACUUGUCUUAAGUAAUAAGCACUUAUCGAUCACGGAUUGUAAUGUUAUUGAACUGCCACUAUUACUGGCAACAAUAAUGGUACCUAACCGUAACUAGCCACUGAACACGGUGUUCGAGUCGGUGAUCAAUACCAUAGUGCCGUUCGUUGCAGUGCGUCUCCUAGUACGCUUCAGAUUGCUUCGUUGAGGAGCAUGCUGGCGGCCUGCAUUUGAAGCGAUUAGCAUCAUGUAUUUACGUAUAAAUAGCUUUUGGAACGGCGGGUAGGGGACACGUCGAUAUCUGUUAAUUCCUGCAGUGUCUUUUGGUCUCCAGGCCUUGGAUUUGGAACUUUUCAUGGGCGCACAUCGCAUUGUCAUAGCCACGUAGAAAACAUGCGCGGAAACAAUAACAUUAUACAUUAAUAGUGAUUUUUAUCACUCGUAUGCAUCAUCUGUUAACGAGAAAUAAAGCAAAAGCUUGGAGAUUAAGGGAAAAACGAAUAGAUAAAGUUCACGCCAGUAAUAACUUUUUCUGCCCUAUUUCUGCUUUGUUAUUAUUGUUGCGCCUUUGAGUAUAAGCACAUGAAUCUUGUUCACUGUGUAAAGCACUCAACUAUUCGGGCUAUUAGAGGCAGAGAGAAAAACGAGCGAAGUUAUAGAAACUCAUUUCGUGUUGUGGUUAAAUGUAAUACGCAGAUAUUAUAUACGUUGCUUUAAAGCCGAUGAGCAAAUGGAUUUGGAAUAGUUGGUUAAUCAAGUGGCUUCGUCAAAAGCUGUUACCAAUCGCAGAACAGUAGGUACCGCUUUGGUUCUUUACACCUCGUAGUUUUCGUGAACUCUAGUUUGUGAAUUAUUUUACGGUUGGCGGCUGGUUUCCUAACGAACGCUAGAUUAAUCAUCUUUGACCUAAAGCAGACAAUCCAACUAGAUGUAUUGUUCCAGCGAGCGUGCAUGGGACUCAUCUAUGGAAUGGGUGACAAAUUUAGUGCGAGUGUAUUGUUAGCUUUUUCUUUUUUAUAUAUUUGUGGAUUCAUACUGGGACGUCCCCGUAGACCUUUAUGUAUCUGGCGUUAUGAAAGACGAAAUUCGAUUCAUAUCUAGAUAAAAGUUUUUAUUUAGUAAGCAUUAAGAUGCCAGCGUCAAUGGAUUAACGCGCUCAAGUCAGUGUUUCCUCGUGUACUCUCCAAAUAUUGGAGCCUAAUCUAUGAAGUAUAAAUAAAGUUGUUAGGAGUAAUUUAAGUCGUCAUCUCAAGCAAACUUUUAUAAAGAAGUAAGUCUACAAACCAAAGCAUGCUGAUGUUGUGCGCGGAUUUUCAUUACUCAGGCAUGAAACAAAUCUGUGCUCCCUUUUUACUCUGUUAUGUAAAUGCUCCAUAAUAAUCAGUGGAGUCUUGUAGCCACCUUAGGACAACACCAUAUAUUGAUCGUUGAAUAAGAAAAUAAACUCAUUCCCAAAAAUCUCGCGCUUUACGCAUGUCUAGCUAUUCAGAUGUUAAGCUAUGCGAUAACUUUCAAGUGAGAAGUAUGUGUUUUUUUUAAAUUUAACGGUUCAACGUCUCGUAGAAGCUAACGUCAACUUUCAUCGUUGUAUUGAAGUAUUCUAUAACUUGGACUCCGAGAUUUUCGUUUCCUAUGGAACCUAAGCCGGACCCAUAAUACUGACGAGCGACGACGUUACCCUUCUGCUAUUUCAAGAUUUGAUAGACAUUUCAUUGAAUUUUGCAUUGAUUGAAACCUACUACUAAUAUGUGUCAAUAUACCAUCUGUUAAAUCUACGCAGCUAGCCUUUACAUAACUCGCGCAAGUGAAUGUGGUGAAUGCUUUAGUUGUCUGCUAUUGAAUUUGCAUGAAACGCCCGCAACUUAAAUCCGUCCAGGAACAGCAGCGACAAAAGCAUUUAACGGCGCAUUGAAAAACUAGCCUAACAAGGCUACGAUGUCUCUUCUAAUUCGAUUUGUCUGACUCCAAUUUGACUGACAUAUCGGCAAGACAAUUUCUAGAAAAAUAUUAGUUAUAAUCAGUAUGAAACUGUGAAGCGCAUUUUGCUUAAUAGAAACGUAGCUAAGCCUUUCUCGGCUAAAAGACCAGAGUGAACUGCAAGCAAAGGGGCCGGCCUAUUAUUCUAAGAUAAUGUACCUAAAAAAAAUACAUCUGUCUGAGGUGUUGCUGGCUUAUAUUGUCCCUAGCAGCACGCACAUGUAAAACUGAGGACCCAAAUAAUGGUGUCUGCGAACACUGUUCUUGUUACCGCUGCUGUUAUUAGGAAGGUCAAUGUGACCAAUGGCAAGUUUGAGAUCAGUCGUUUCGUGGUGUUAUUGGGCGCCUUCUUCGAAGCUUCUCUUUCACGCGUCCAAUCACGCCGACGCGCGGCAACCUACCACUGCGGCAGGAACAAACAGACAGACUAGUGAUGUCUGUGACAAUGAGCAGCAAAUUAUACUAGCUGCUUUGGCUAUCUAUAAUUGGCAGUUAGUACUGGAAAGCUUGCCUUUAACUAUAUGACGAUACGUAGUGAACUAUACGUAGAAAACAGCAUGUAUCGGUACCUCAAAAUACCAGAUGCUUACUACCGCGUGCGUUUGUCGUAUUAACGCAAGUGCGAACAGAAUCCUUUUUUCCUCCCCUUCGUCUUUUUGAGGCACUGACAGAAAUUGCUCGUUAACAUAUGUCGACAUAAUACUGAGUCCGUCUUUCUCCGUCCUGCAUUUUCUGCUAAAGUGAAGUAAAGGCUAGUAAUAAGAGGGAAGUACAAGACAAGUCCUAACAAACAUUAACUCUAGGUAUUAUUGCCGAAAAGUCAUGAACUGAAAGUGUAGAUUUGUACGAAACCGGCAUACGGCCAUAAAACGUUCUUAAAAAAAACGAUAUUCACCGAUCUCACUCGGCUGGAGAUCUCUCAGUUUGAUCAUUUGGCUUUCUUUUUUGUAAACCUUUUUUUUGUUGUCGCUAGUUUUAUGAAGGAACAAAUUAAACUGGUUGGCACAAGCGUAAUGUUGUCAAGAUCUCAUCCCAAGGAGAUUCGACAACAGCUCUCUGGAGUAUUAGCUAUGCGUCUAUUGAAUUAGUCAAGCCGAUUAUUCAGACCUUAGACAAAUGGAAACGUAUCAUUUGGUAACUUUUCUUUUUAGAAAAAGAUUUUUCCAAGGUAAGCAUAAUACCUAGUGAGGAUACAGGGACAAAGAAUAGGUUUCUCUUUCUUCAUUGUCUGAAAUGAUGUGUAGGAACCACGUAUUAAGCAGACACGGUAAAGACAAUGUCGCUGACGGUAAUUUUCUCUAAGUAAACUAUCUACAUUUUGUUGCUUCGAUUUAAAUGUCUGUGAAACUGAAGGAGCAAUGGUUGUAACACAUAGGAAUUUCGUUACGUUGUUGUCGUUGUCGUCGUGAUCGUAGUGGCCAUCGAUAAUUGUGUUACGGCUUUUGCUAUUGAUCAACGAGUGACUUUUCUAUUCGUUAGUCCGUCUUCGUUGUUCUGAUGAAUGCUGAGCUGCCUGUCAAUGGUAAAUGAUCCCCAUCACAGCCGCGAACGGUUCAGCUGAUCUAACGCUGGAGCAGUAUGCCCCAUGUAUAUAUCUAUGCAUAUAACAGCGACAACAGUAACAGUUCUGUAGCAAUAGCUGUGUCGAUAUUGUUAGCUAGUCAUCGCACGUGGUGAACGUGCGUACGGCGAUGAAAUGCUGCUGGGCUCUUUGUUGAUAGAGCUCUAACGUGAGUGGCUGCCCUAUGCUACAGCUGUGGAAUAGCGCGAUGUGGCGUACGGCUGGGCUGGCGCGCGGACCAAUCGACGACAUAUACUGUAACAGAGAAGGCCAAACAGCAGUAGCAGCAAGAAAGACAACACGGAUACAUCUAUCUAUCUAUCUAUAUACACAAACGAAUGAACGAACUAACGAAAAAGGCAACGAUAGUAAUAGACCGGCAGACACGGGACGACUGCCGACACAGAGUGCCGCUGCAACGGUCCCUUUCCGGUUAGACUUGGCGCUACUGCCUGAAAGCCCGUGCUGAAAUGUUUUGGUGAUUGGCGAUAAUGUUGAAUGGAGGUAACCGUGAGAAGAAACGACGAAAACGCAGGCCUCAGCUCUGGUGAGGGAACGCCGUUACCAGCAUAGUUGGAACAGAAGUACUGGCCGUGACUUGCUUCAAUUUACUUGGGUUACGUGCACACAAAUAUGUAUCAAGCAUUAGUUAAAUGCUCAUCGAUGUAGAGGCGUGAAUCUGACGGGCUGACGCCUACCACCAUCAUCCUCAUCAGCAGCAACACGAAGAAAAGAUUAUUAAUACCUGAGUUUUGCUAACAAAAUAGCUUAACUCUUCUUGCUGCCGUGUGUAUAACACAUCGAUAACAGAGACAAAAAUAGAUGGUAAAGGAUAACUGAAGCAACAAUAGGCGUCGUAGGCGACCAACAACUUCAAGAAAGGCAGGCGACGCGAACUUACUGAGACGUUGCAUGCCCUGAGCAGUUGCAUUACCCAAGACGCCAAUACUAUGCAUACAAACCAGCACGACCUCGAGUUAGAAACAGAUCACAAAACGCAAUAGUUCAAUCACUGUUGAAAGGCAGAACUGUCAUUGCCAUCAGAAAUGGAGGCCAAGGCAGGUGAUGUCAUGUUGUUUUCCUGUGGCUGUCUCAAUGUUGAACUUCGGUGCGAUUCUACGGCCACAAGCAGCUUUGAAGACGACCAUUUGCGGUCUGCGCUGGGCGGUCAACUUAUCCUACUCGAGAGACCGCAAAAACGCGUGGUACACGAGUGGCUCCUUCGUGAGAAGCACGGGAUACGUCAUUGCUUUGCGUGCAAUACGCCAGUGUUUUCGUUUCUAGCCUCAGACUCUCAAAAACAACAGGAAACUCAACAAGAGCCACAUCAGGAACAACCUCAAGCACUUGUUGUAUCAAACAACCUGAGGCGCGAUGAAACAUGGAUAUCAGAUCUACGGCGCCAUCCUUCUUUCUCGGAGUGCUUCCAAAUUUUAGUAGACCCAACCAUCGCCCACACUCAGCUUGCUGGCCUUCAAGAAAAUGCUGAACACGGUCCGCAUAAAGAAGAUUCGCUCGUACCUGGCUACAUAGAGGGAGUUCGGUCGAAGGUGUCGCAAGUAGUAAAGCAAGUAAUGGCAGAAAAGCAAUAUCAAAUAGAAGAGGAGCAUCGACGAGCGCUUGACUCGCUCAGGCAGUUAAAGUCUAAGUGCGACCUGCAGUGCAACACGCUGCUUAAAAUCAUCGAGUAUCAGGAAACUGCGGAAGAACGUCGGUUUUCUACAGCUACAACGAAAAGCUCCAGCUUCUCUGUGGCACGAUCAGAGUCGAUGGAGUCGAAGGCCUCGCAACGUAGUGGCGGAUUUGGCCUACGGGAUAGAGAAUCAUCCGGAUCUGGAGGAAUAACGGGAACAGCCGGGUUUGAUGAUGACGUGUUUGAGAUGCAAUUUAACGAUGAGGCCAUUUACGAAGAUGGUGAAGGUGGAAUCGAACAAGCCGAGGAAGCUCGAGAAAUGGGUGCCGAGGGAGACGGUGACGAACAGUUCGAUGAUGACGAUGAAGUGGUGUCUGCUCUAAGUCAGGAGAGGACACGAAGAUCAUCAAUGGAUUUAACACAAUACGCAGCUUCAGCACCUAUUCAGGUUCCUGUCGAUGCAGCUAACUGGGCAAGCUUACGGCCCGAGGAAGAGGGACUCGACGCACGGGAACCGAGUCUGGCGAGACCUGAGUGUUUGGAGGAUAUCGCUCGUUCUAUGAGAGAUAUCUCUGAUCGCAUGGUGGACGACCACACAAAGGUGUUUGGUGAUUUGCCCCGACCGCGGUUGUACACGAACCAGUUUUGAGCCAGCAACGUACGUGAUAUGAGCGUGAUAAUAAAUAAGAAGGCGAAAACAGCAAGAUCGGGGGUUUGGCCAUCCGCAGAUAUUGUACCUUGAUUAAAAAAUACGUGAUAGAA